AUGUAUACCUUGCCUUUGACGCUUGGCCGCAGCGCCGUCAUCAUACAUAAAGCAGCAGAGACGAGUACCCACCGAGUCGCAACUCGAUCAGAAGAUGAAGGAUCUCUCAAAGGACCAGACCGGAGCUGCUUUGAGGGGUCCUUUGCUGCGCCGACGCCCUCCUCUCCACCUGUGACUUUAUCCAAGGCUUGGUGCUCUUGGGAUAUUCUUGGCCUUGGCGAAGCUGACCAACGGCCAGAUCAAAAGGUUCUGUCAACAAGUAUUUGA